UCUAUGGAUAGUUGUCAGUGAUGCCAAAUUCUCUAAAAAAUAUCAUGUUUUUAGACAUCUUUGAUUUAAUAUUGUACUGAAUUUUGGAUUAUUUAGCUUUGUAUGCACAUCAAAACCAGCAUCAUUGCUGAAAAAUAAAAUGGAUUUAGUUGUGCCUACUUUAAAACCACCUGAGAAUAUGACGGGUGUUCAGAAACUUAGGCAAUUAUUAAAUAAAACAUUGCGAAUUGAAAUGUCUGAUGGAAGGGUAUUGAUUGGAAUUUUCCUUUGUACUGAUGCAGAUGCUAAUGUCAUCUUAGGUUCAUGUUCUGAAUACUUGCCUCAAGAAUUCCGAUUAAAUAAAGCUAAAGAAGAACCUAGAAUGUUAGGCUUGGUUAUGGUACCUGGGAAACACAUUGUUACAGUAUCUAAAGAUACAAAUGACCCUGCACCUAGCUAUAACAACGGUCCAUCUGUUGAAGUUCAAGAUGUAAUAUGAAGGUCCAACAUAAAUUCAUAGACGAUCUUUGAAGUUUAUAUCAGUCGGUAAAUUCCAGAACACAAAUUCAUAUGAAUUUUACAGCGUUUAUAUAUUUUUACGAAGAUGAUAAGUUUUCAAGGAUGAACAAUUUCAUGAUAUAUUCUCCUUUUUUGGAAUUUACAACUGUAGUGAAGGGUAUUUAAAAUACUGAAAUGAAAUAUUUUAUGUAUUAGUUAUCUGCUAAUUCAUUACAAAUGUACAUCAAGUU